AUGGAAAGGGAAAAAACUGAGAACAAAACUUUAGCAAAAAAUGAGAUUCAUGUGCAAUUUCAAGAAUUUGGGCAGAAAGCCCGAAAAAAUCACUGUUCGGAACGUGAGAUUGUGGUUGUAAUUGAUCAGAGCUCAACAAUAACUACUCCAACUAUUCCAUAUGCAACUGGUUAUAAAUUAGCGCUACUUGAUAUACAAGCAGAUGAAUCACUUACGAGCCAAUGUAUGGAAGAUGAACAAUUCGAAUCUGAUUACAUCAAAAACAAAUUACAAUUUUAUCCAUGGUAUUGGGGUAUGGUUUUGAGAACAAAAAUGGAUAAUAUUUUAAAAGUAACUGUGUUCUAA